AUGAAGAACAAUAACAUCAACUAUCUAGGCCCCGUACCUUUGCAAAAGACUUUGUUGGAAAAUUUCGAACUUUAUACAUCUAUUUUUGAGGAUUUCAUUGACAGCAACUUUUCUCCCGUUAAACCAUACAUUCCUGCUAUUGGAAGAUUUUUAAUCACUGCAACUUUUUAUGAAGACUCUUUUAGAAUCAUUUCUCAAUGGGCAGAUCAAGUUUUUUAUUUAUGGAAUUAUAGGCACAUUCCUUAUUUUAUCGUGGUAUCCUUUUUAUUUUUAAAUAUUUUAACAAUGACUAUAGCUUCAACUCUACUAGUAAUGAGAAAGCAGUCUUUAAUUGCAACUGUCUGUCUUAUUUGUGUUGUUAUUUCUCAAGGCUUUUUUUAUGGUUUGUUUUCCGAAGGCACUUUUUUAUUAAGAAACUUCUCGGUAAUUGGCGGUUUGUUAUUGGCCUUUUCUGAUUCAAUUAUCUCCGACAAAAGAUCUUUGUUAACAGCUGGUGUUCCCAUGAUUGAAAAUAAAGAUCCAAAAAAAUAUUUUCUUUUGGCUGGCAGAAUUCUUUUGGUUCUUUUGUUUGUGAGAUUUAUAAUCGCUGGCUCUUGGUCUUUUUCAAAAAUCUUAUUAAUAUUAGUUGGAUCAAUUUCUUGUGUUUCAAUUGUUAUCGGUUUCAAAAUCAAAUUUUCGGCUAUUCUAUUAGGAAUUUUACUUACUAUUUAUGAUUUUUCUGUCAAUUUUUAUUGGAGCUAUGGUUACCAAGAUCCCCAUAGAGAUUUUCUCAAAUAUGAGUUUUUCCAAACUUUAUCAAUUGUUGGUGGUUUAUUAAUUAUAGUCAAUACUGGAGCUGGCGAGUUGUCUAUUGAUGAGAAAAAAAAAAUUUACUGA